CCAGGCACCACUCUAACUUCCACUCGCGACCAUGAGUACAUCCACCAAACCACCUCCUGAUCCCACGGCAACCCAGCCGAGUCCACCGCCGGCGGAUCGUGUACAGACGAGGUGUAGGUGCGGGAACGUCUCGGUCUUGACCGAGGACCAUGGGUCGUCUGACGGUCAUGGGACGGGAGUGUAUAUCAUCCGGGAAGAACUCACUGCAUACCGCCGGACCCCGGCUUAUCAUCAACGACAAUCUCGGCGCCGAGAUUCCACAAGCGGUUCAGCUCCCCGGGUGAGGCGGGUAUCCAACGACUUCCCUAAACAAGGCCAGCAAGGGUCGACGGACCGGGACAGAGACAAUGUCCGGGUGGGAGAAGCGGACGUAUUGGGUAGUAGUGCUAGUCGAGGUAGACGCGGGAGUCGAUCAGCCGGAGGGGACGAGGAAGAGGAUGGUGAGCGGAUAGUGGUGUGUACGGUCUGCGAUGAGGAUGUCGUCAAGGCCAAGGUGGAUGCGAGUGGGGGCAAGAUCAAGAUUGUCCACGUACUCGAGGUCUUGUGUGAGAAGAGGGGCCCACCUCCCAGCGAUGCGGAAGCCAAACACGCUCUGCUCUAUCCAUUCGACCUGUCCCACCUUCCUUAUUCGGAGUCAUACGGUGCUCCUCCCAACCUUCCCACCCCACCCCAUUUCACCACCCUCCUUUCCCCGCUCGCGGACCCAUUCUUCCUCCCGCCUCCAUUCACUCCCUCCGACCCAUACUUUAUGAAGCUGUCUGACGUCGCCACGGACAAGAUCAGAAGGGUCCGGGAAGAGGUCGACAAGGAGAUCCUCGAAUUCGUCACCCGGAAGAGGAAGCAAGUAGCUUCCGUUCAAAGGCGGGCGAGAGGAGAAUGUGAGAUCCUCUACAAGAGCUAUGAGAAGGCUUGUCGUAUGCGAGGAGUCGCGCUCAGGGGAGAAGAAAAGGAACAAGAUGCUAGGUCCCGGCCGAGCGUCAGUCAGGGUAUGGACGGGGCGGCGAGGACAAGGUCGAUGAGUACCGAACGACCUGCGAAAGAGUCGUUCGGAGCACCGUCUAUCGCGACACCGAUGUCUGGCUCGGCUCUCGAUGUUCCGGGCAAGGGAACCGCUUCGAGGAUGCCCAUCAGGGCUUCGGUAGCGCAGACGGGUUACGGUUCUUCCCUCUUGUCCGCUUCGCUGUCGGUAAGCUAUUUCCCGCACCAAGGGCAACAGCAACAACAAGCUGGAAUCGCUGCACCAACGCCCUCGGGGACCGGAAACGACACCACGCCUCGCCCAGGCCGAUCGCCCAUGAAGUCCCCUCAAGUCGUCGAUCACUCGUUCCAGAAAGUAGAGCCUAUCGGCGGUUCGUCUUUUAACAGUAACCCAAUCACGACUCCAUUUCAUAGAGGAGCAAAAUCUGGUGUCGAUCUCGAUGUCGUCUCGAGUCUCAGGAUCUCGCAUAUGGACGAGAGGUUCGGACACGGGUCGUCCGUGGGUGGAGGGUCCCGAGCUGUCACUUCUGAGAUGCACCAUUCGCUCGGACGCAAGGGGAAUCGAUACCACAACCCGCUCGAUACAGACCUUGAUGUCGAGGCUGAUGAUCCAGCCAUGAAGGACCCUAGUCCGAGCAAGCUGGACCGGGUUCUCGAGCGCGAGGAAGACGUUCGGGAGGGAGGCGAGGGGGACAUCGCGCUCCAUCCGUUUGCGGAGAGCAGUCAGGUCAGCGCGGCUAGUUCGUACAAGGAUCAAAGAUCGGAUGAAGAUUUGCCCGUUAGAGAACCGGAAAGACAAGGCAGCGGGGAAAAGGACAUGCCGCCCAGGGGUAGGAGGCCGUCGUUCAUGGUCCCCGAAGAAGAACGAACACCCCGACCGAGAAACGUCAAGCAUCUCAGCUCGUCCAGCCCAGAGACCAUGAGGCGAUUGUCCAACACGUCUAGCACCAGGCGUUCUGCUAUGGGUGGAGCCAAGAGUGGGGGCGACGCGGAUCAGAAGGAAGAGGGUGAAGGUUCAGGGUCUACCAGGAAGAAGGUCAAGUUUGAGGAGGCCGUCGUGGUAAAGGAUGAUCAGGCGAGGAGCGAUCAAGAGGAGAUGCAGAGAGAACGUGCAGGGAUUGACGAGCCGGAGGAUUCCGGUUUAGUUUCGGGUCCAGAUGAUGCCGUCUUUGAUUUCGAAGAUCACGACGCGCCCAGGCCAGAGAUUCCAUCCUCAUUCGCCACAUCGUUGAUCGACGAUGCCGAGGCGACCGAGGCAUCCUCUUCGCCAGCCCGACAAGAUAAGAACAGGACGAUGAAGGAGAACACGCAGCUAGUGGAAAAGAAACUGAUCCAGUUGAUGGCAGCCGAUGCGCCAUCGCAUAGAUCCGCUUGGAGAAACGAUACACAGAAGCUAUGGCAAGCUCUGGGUCAGACGACAAACAGGUCGUUCCUCUCGCCUUCUACGUCGAGACGAACGCGAGACCGGAAUGACGACUCGAGCGAUGACGAAGAUGUUGACGAGAACAAGACGAGCUUGUUCGCCACCUCGAUGCCGGUCCGUAUCGUGAUGCCAAAAGAGAGCGGUGUGCCGAAAGAGCUCGAGCCCAAGACAAGUCUGGUUGACCGCAAAGGCAUGCUCGUACCUCCGCUCAAAAAUGCCAUGCGACGUGCGGGGUCGUCCGAUUCGGAUAACUCUUCGAUUAAGCGGGCCGCCGGCGACCAGUCUGGCGAUCGACAGGAUGUUUCGGUAUCUGCUUCGGUAUCGAACAUCACUAUUGGCACUGCGUCGAUGAGACAGGACGUGGCCCGUAGUCAGGGUCGCGGUCCGCCCCAGCCGAGCGCAAGCUAUAGAGACAAGGGGUACGGCGGGUUUUCAGUUGAUCCAGGCCCAGCGCUGGAAGCGAUGGGAACUCUGAGUGAAGAGGAAGAAGACGAACAUUCGGCCGGUGUCAAGGCGGGUGCUCCUGGUUUCAUACCCCCUCAUCGUCAAGACAGGACAGGCUGAACUUCUUAUCGCCCAGACAAGGCAUAUAGUUAAUGUAGAGUACGAAGUUCUUUUCUGCUGAAGACCGGCUGUGCGAAUCGGUUGUAUUUCUUAUCAUGCGCUUAAUAUAUUGUUCGGAUGUCUUA